UAUCUUUGAAAGGAAUGAACCGUUGCAACACUCAAAGAAACCCUAAAAGUCCCACCAUCACCAAAAACAUCCUCAUCGAGAAAAUUCCUUACUAUAUAUAUAGGUCCUUUUAUUCUAUUGAUAUCAUGUGGCUACAAAACAAGUUACUAUAGCUUUAGCCUGAAGAAACUGAGAGAGAGAGUAGUUAUUCUCUGCGUUUCAGAUCAGAGGCCACUGGCCAGGCUCAAAGCUUUGCAUCAAGGUUUUUCAGUACGAGGUUCUGAUCUGCAAGCAUCGCUUUCACUCUGAAAAUGAGGAAUGCUCUUCUUCAACCCAUCUCCUCACAGCUUCACAGCUUUGGUAUCAAUCAAGUCCAAGUGCCAAAUUUGGAUGUCUCUAUGGCUAUGCCGAUGGAUAGCGAAGUAAACGUCCAUGGCAGUGGCUUCUGUGACAACCAGCCAUUGGGAAAUGAAUGCUUUACUGUUCCUUUUGGGUCCCUUAUCAACUAUAGCUAUCAAUCAGGUUAUCAAUCUGGUGGUACCUCCAUCUGUACUGACAUUCCUCACCAGUUGAUGUUGCUUAGCCAGAAACCUUCAAUUCCACAAUCUGUAGAAGACUUGCAGACCAUGCCAAAUGCAAGGAAACGUCCAAUUGAGGUCAAUGACUUAUUGCCCAAAACAGGCACUGAUAUUCUUGAUAACAUGAUGGAAUUGAAAGAAUGGAAGAGAAACAAGAGAAACAUGACCACAACCACUGAAAAACAAUGGCAACAUCAAGUCAGAAGAGCACCGACGCAAAUCCAAGAGCAAAGACUGCACGUGCCUGUGAGGAGAAGCCAAAAGCUUAGUGACAAGAUCACAGCUCUUCAAAAGCUGGUCUCUCCGUAUGGAAAGACUGACACUGCAUCAGUUCUUCAAGAGGCUUCUCUUUACAUCAAGUUACUUCAUGAACAAAUUCAGGAAAUUGGAGAACAGCUAGACCUAAGGAGCAAAGGGCUUUGCUUGGUACCUGUGUCAAUUACUCAGAGAGUCAAAAUGGAAAGCCCUUUUGAUCAUGAUGAUCUGUGCUGGAAACCCAUCACACAGAGUUAUAGAAAUGUCUAAUUCUAAACCUAAUUUAGCUUGACCCCAACAUGACAUCUUUCUUUCCUCUACACUCGACUUCUGUUCCUGUGGUUUAAGAGAAGAGAAUGCAUACCAUUGCAUCUUUUCAUAUAUAGAAGAGAGCUAGCUCUUUAAGUUAUG